ACAGGGUAUCUACUUUUCUACGUGGCAUAUAAUGUCUUGUACUAAGAUGCGAAACUAGUGGAACGUUUCGCCUUGUGAAAAAAAGUUUGUGCUCUUAAUUGUAAAAUUUAGUACUUGUACUGCCUCCAAGAGGCCUUUCCUUUAAUUUUGUGAAGUCAUAUCUGCGUAAAACGUUUUAUACGGCGCGUAAGAAAUGAUGAAUCAACGUCCUCCAAUGACAGGUCAAAGGUAUGAAUCGACGAAUGUUUGAGACUUCAAAAAAUAUUUUUGUGAAAACCCGAUCGCUUAUUUCUGUUUGCUAUGAACACAGGAAUAUGCCAUUCGAUGGGCCAGCAAAGGGUGUGGGAGAUAAUUUCAUGGUAAAUGCAGGCAGUUUUCCUCCUCAUCAAGGUCCAUCUAACGCAAUGGCGAAUGGCCCUCAACAAGUCCAGAUGAAUGGUGUGAGUUCCCAACAGGAUCCCAAUCGAUAUCAUCCCGGUUAUUAUCAACAACCAAAGCAGCCACUUCCUCCUAAGGUAAUGGUAUAAAAUUUUUGAGCCAUUACGACACCUUUGAAGUUCAGUGCGGAAACUUGUCCUUCAUAUUUCGUUUCUAGUGAAGCCGGCUGUAGGUCGCGUGUGUACACGUACUUAUCAACAACAGUUAAAAAACUUCAGUCCACGAACUGUCACUCACAUGUUUCUCAGAAAACUAACGUGAUCAAAUUGCCAAUGUUCCCUUCAUGGUGAAGCUUGUAUCCAAUCUCGGUUGAUUUUAACAGUGUCCUUUUCCUUUGGUCGAAAUUUUCUCAAGGUUUUCCUCGCCAAAUUUUAUUUGUUACAUUUCAUGGGAUAUGAACAUACUUCAUUCCAUUACAUUUCUAGAAUUUACAUAAACUGGAAACUGUAAAUUUAUUAAGACAAUAUUGUAACAGUAUCUAAUGUUGAACAUUUUUUUUGUUUAUAAAAACUAAAAUACCAAAUGAUACACGAUGCAGCUUGACGUGAUACAUCUAAUACAGAUUUCAAAUGAUACAAAUUUAUUGAUAUUUCCUGUCUGAAAUUAAUGAUGAAUAGUAUGCACAGUUUGAUAAUUGAUGGCAGUAAUCAAACAAACUUCUUUGAUUUCUGUGACUGAACACUUAUAUUUGGCUUAUUAUUUUUAUUUCCAUCAUUUUUUCUUAUAUUAUCUUAUUCAGGAAAUCCUGAUUUGCAUCCACUUUCGACACACUUAAACACUAAGUUUUGUCCAAAACAAUUCUCAGCUCAGUUUGCCAAUAUGCUUAUAUGAUAAAACCAUAAUUUUAAAUGACUGGCCUUGGCUAUUUGUCAUGAAACUUCAAAGCUGUCUUUUAUUGAAUCUAACUUUCAUUGAAAUCUCAGUGCACAAGGCUGACAUGCUCUGGUUGGCUUUGAUCACAAAGGGCAUCUGGGCCAACUAAAUCAGCCCUGUUAAUACUUAUUUAAAAAGUCUACUUUUUCUCAUUCAUUAAGCAGAGAAAAGUUUCAAAUACAAUAUGGUAAAACUUCAGACUGGUGUAAAAUUUUAGUCCUUCAGUGGUUUUGCCCUUUAACUCCUAGGAUCUGAUUAUUAAUUCUCCUCUCUAGCUGCUACACACUUUCUUGUAAAUGAGAUUAGAACUUCUACCUCACAAGUUUAAGUGUUCUCAUUACCUGUUUGCUAAAUAAUGUAUAAAUGUUUAAGAGAGAAGUUACUUUUAAAUCACUCUUGGGAGUUAAAGGGUUAAUUCCCUAUGAGAAAGAGCUCACUGCAGCUUUAUCUAUCUAUGUUGAUAUCCCUGCUAACUCUCUUUUCAAUACUUUUUAAUAUUCAGGCUGGUGACCAGUUUCAAGGUUCCCUUAUGCAACAACCAAGUCAGCGACUUUCACCCUCUCCUCACCAGCCAAUUAAUUCUUCACCUACCCCUCCUGAUCAACAGAAGCAACAGUUCCCUCCUGUUUCACAGCAUCAACAGCCCCCUAAGCCAGGAGAGUUACCUCAGCAACAACAACCACAGUCAAGACCUGGUUUACCCCCACAACAGCAGCAGCCACAGAGACCUGGAGGCUUCCCAUACCAGCAGACACCAUCACAACCAGGGGGUCCCUCUCCUUAUCAACAGCCUCAGAGACCUGGAAUGCCCCCUCAGCCUUUAAGACCAAUGGCACCCACUCAAGGGCAACAGCCACCAAGGCCAGGUGGAGGAAAUCCAGCUCAGCGGUAUCCACCUCAGCCACAAGGACAUACUUCUGGACAUCAGCAUCAACAGGUGUGGUUCCCAAUCACAGAUCAACUGUUUUAAAUCUCAAUUUAUCUUUGCGUAUCUUGUUAACAGUCACGUCAAGGACACUUGGCUAACAAAUGAUAAAGAACAAAAAAAUGCCAUUGGUGUCAUUUGAAGAACUGGAGUUGUCAAGAUUUAACCCCUUAGCCCCUAAGAGUGACUAACAUCUAAUUUCUCCUUUAAACAUCACCCCUGAAUCAAUCCUUAACGUCAUGAGAAUAAAGAAGAUGAUCACCAACUAAAGCAGCUCUUCAUUGUUGAAUAAGUUCUCCCUGUCAGAACCCUUGGAGAUGUCUAGGGAGUAGGAUGGAGAAUGUUUGUACUGAUGUUAGAGAGUAGAGGCUUAAUGGCAUCUGUUACAUGUAAGAUUUUUUUUUAGAUGACCCAGCAGAUGAGCAACUUGAAUAUCACUAGUUCCCAAAGCCAACCAUCAUCAUCUCAACAAGCAAACUUAGGAAGCUGGCCUCCCCAACCAAGUACCACGGUUAGUAUGAAGACUAGACAUUCUUUUGUCUGAAAGACAGCUGCAUUGACAGUCUGUUGAAUGAACCAACAUAAUGUGACCUUUAGUAUAGUUGACUUGCCCAAAUUAUUAUCAUUCAGCACUAUCGGUGGACUCUGGUUUUCCCUUUACCACUUAACUUUAUGGUUUUUGUCUGUUUGCUUAAAGUUUCCAGAACAUGAAAGUCAUAACCAUUAGUACUCAUUUUUGGGUUAGUUUUAUGUUAGACUGGGAGAAAACAAUUCAAGAUCGAGAAGUCAUAGGGUUGAAACAAAAGACUUGACCCAUAAUUUGGACCCAAAGUACAUAUUUCAUGUCCUUCAAGUAUUUAGGAGGAUCUAAAAUGUAGUUUUAUUUCCUUUGAUCUCUUAGCAAGUACCAUUUGGUGGAACACCAACAACAGCCCCUCAGCCAUCAUACUUGGGUUCCCAGAUGCAACAACCCACAAAUCGACCUCCUGGCCCUCCAACAAUGCCCAGUAUGCCACCAAUGACCCAGCCUGGUUUCCCCCCUCAAACCUCUUCAGGUGCACCUCCUAUGGGAGGCAUGACCCAACCCCCGAUGGGUAGACACAAUGCCACGCAAAUGCAGCCAAUGCCAGGUUCAUACCCUGGUCCCCAGGUUAGUAUGUCAGGUCCUUCUUUUAGUGGUUCUGGAAGUGCUGGACUGACAAGCUUGUCAGGACCAACGCUCAGCCAGGCUGCACCUCCUAGUGGGUCUUCUGGUGCUGGGAUGUCACAUAGUGCCUUGCAUAGUGGUCGGCGCAUGUACCCAGGUCAUGCACCUUCUCAGAGUCCUGUGCAGAAUCAGCCAUCAGGUGGAACUACAGGAAUGGCAUCACAUACAGUGAGUUUAGGUGGUGUUCUAGUCUGAAUUUGCCCGAUGGAUGCAUGCAUGCAAAAGAAGAUUUUAGAAAUCUUGUGGAGAUACUGUUGCUUCCUUCUGCAUGUCAUUGUCACUGGUUGUUGAAAGGUCUUGUAAUGAUGACUGAAUAAAUGGGUUCCAAAAACAGAAUGAACAGUCUGUUGCUCAAUUGACAACACCAUCCUUCUUUGAAUAUAUGAAACCAGGAUCUGUUAGUAACAUGGUUCAAUGUUAUUAACCUCAGUGCAUGGACUCUAAAUGUUAAUUGGAUGUGUCUCUCCAUACUAGGGCCAGUCAAUGUAUCCUGGGGCACCAACUAUGGGAGGAAUGCCACCAACAGGUCCAGGACAGCAUGGAAUGGGACAUCCUACACCAAUGAAUGCUCCGAUGCAGCAACAGAGAAGAAUUGAUCCUGAUCAGAUGCCCAGCCCAGUAAGUGUCUCCUGAACUGUUGUAAGGCCAUUGUAUGUAUUAUGCAGAACAUAAGUGUAAGGUUCAGAAAUCAGCAAGGGUUAGCAAGAACAGCAAUAAUAUUGAUGUCUGAACACAGCUCACCAGAAAUUCCCUUAGCUACAGGCAAUAUUAUAGAAUGAUCCCUUGUCACUUUGACUGCAAAAUCAAAUAUGAAAGUUUUGCAUUGUAAUGCUAUUAAUUUAUGUUACAGAUCCAAGUGAUGAAAGAUGACAACGAUGCAUACAAAGACUCACCAUACCUCACAAGCACAAGAGGGAGAACUCCUCCACUGGUUACCAGCAACUUUGUUGUACAGGAUGAUGGUAGGUGGUCAUUUAUUUAUCAUCCUUUGAUACAUGAAUCAAUUUGUUGUAAAUGCUGCUGGCUUUUCCUAAUUAUGAUUUACGCAUUAUGGAAUAUACAGUUGUUUAAAUUAGCCAUAAACCUGCUAACCAUGUGUCCACUCAAAUCCCAUAUAAUGUCUCAAAACUAGUCCACAGCUCUUGCUACAAGUUGAUAAAGGUCCCUGACCUACAGUAUAGCUUAAAGGCACAUGGUUACAAAAAAAAAAAAAUGGGGUUCAUACAUUUUUUCCUUGUGGAUGCUGUACCUUUCAUACAAAAAUUUAUUUUGAUACUGCUCACAGUGGAUACUUACUUUAGACUGAGAAAUACAGUACUGUACAUAAUCCUUUAUGGUCAGUAAGCUAGAGAGGAAGUUUUGUGGUCUAAAAUUAGAUCUCAACUGCCUUGAGUAAUUCAUUGUGUUUAUUUUUCAGGUAACUGCAGUCCUCGUUUCAUGAGGAGUACUAUGUAUAAUAUACCAUGUAACAAAGAUUUACUGCAAGCCUCUAGCAUACCCUUGGCAACAGUUAUAACCCCAUUUGCUGAACCAGGCCCUUCUGAGGUUAGUGGUAGUGUUAUAAUCUAUAGCAAGAAAAAAAUUGGUGAAACAACACUUCAAAAAGGUGGCACUGUAUUAACUGUUUGAUCUUUCCACAGCAAUCCCUUCGCAUCAUGGACUACAGCCCCACAGGACCUGUGCGAUGUAAUCGAUGUAAGGCGUACAUGAACCCCUUUGUACAAUUUGUUGAUGGUGGAAGAAGAUUUAUGUGCAAUAUCUGUUCCUACUCAUCAGAAGGUAGUGUGACGAUGUUUUUGUCAAUACAUGUCUUAAUGCUAAUCUUAUUUCAAGUUAUCUCCCAAAAAUAUAUUCAGGGGUUGCAGAUUUACAUGAAUGAAUUUUCUUACCACAGAGCAAAAUGUUGGCAGCAGAAACACAAUAUUUUAUCAUUUUUGCAUGCCGAUAGACUCUAGGUGACAAUACACUCAUGUUUCUGAAGUUGAGAUAUUAUAAAUUUUUGUUUGUUUGUUAGUUUGUUUUUUAUAAUUUUAUUUUAGGUAAAACCUACAUUCAAAUUGUAAUUUAUUAUGAAAACAGAAGUUUACUUCCUGAAGAGUCAGUUACAAUUUGAUUACUUUUAUAUUUUAGUUCCAGCAGAAUACUUCUGUCAUCUAGACCACCAGGGAAUGAGACUCGAUGUCUAUGAAAGACCUGAACUUCAUCUUGGAUCCUAUGAAUUUGUAGCCACUAAAGAUUAUUGUAAGGUAACUGUUAAAAGUUAUCAACUUCCUUACUCCUUCCCGUGAUGUCGCCUUAUAGCAGUUAUCAUAACAUUUUCUCAUCGUAAAAACUUUGGCAAACAUAUUUUAUGAAAUACUAGACGUCGUUUCAAUGUGUCAUUGACAAGUUGUUUUCAAUCAUAGCCAUUGCAUCCUUUAGAUGUUGAGAUAUGCAAAUGUUGAUUUGAUGCUUCUGCAGCAGCAUUUUGAAACAGGAACUUCUGUUUUCCAAACUAAUGCAGAACAAAGCAAGCUGACUGCAUCGAAUAACAAAAGCAAAAAUGCACUCAAGACAUGCGCUUUUUUUUUGUGCAGAACAUGAAAAAAGUGCAAAGGUUUUGCAUGUGUUGGCCAUCUACCUCUGAGCUGUAACGUAUAACCCCUCUUCAGCAUAAAACCAGGGAAGCAAAUACAUGUUCAGUUCGAAAAAGACUUAUCUUUCUGUGCUAGUCAUGAGUUGUUUUCAAUUUGUGGCUAUAAUUGUUCUUUCAUCGUGGACAGGAUCAAAAGAUGCCUGGUGCUCCUGCUUAUGUAUUCAUGAUUGAUGUGUCAUAUCAAAGUAUGCAGUGUGGGAUGGUUAGAAUGCUCAUGAAAGAACUUAAAGAGGUCUUGGAUGUCUUACCCAAGUGAGUAUUUCUCCUUUUGAUCUCUAAAUUGGAUUAUCAAGAGUUCACCCAUUUUUUUCUUUUUUUACUUUACAGAGAGCAUGGCCAAGAAGCCUCAUCAGUCAGAGUUGGAUUUGUAACAUACAGCAAUCAUUUGCAUUUCUACAAUGUUAAGGUAAAUUAAGUGUACUUAAUAAAAUGUUCUGUAUACGAAUGCUACAUUUUGAGUCACUGCUCUUUGAAAAGGUCACCAUUAUUGUAUUUUACCUCAAUUUAAGUCUCUGUACUCAAAUCCCAGCUAUAGUGUUUUUUGUUUGAUUGUUUAAAUGUACAACCAAAGAAGUCACAGUAACCUAUGAGAACAGUCUGUAAUGAGAACUUACCAGUGUGACAGAAACAAUCAGACAGCCAAAACUGCUUUAAAAUAAGGUUGACCAAGUUAGAAUUUGGAUUGGUUAAGAGAGUGGCACUAGUCUUUGUAGAUCCUUUGCAUAGUGAAGUAAGCCAAAGUUAAAACAAUUUGGGAUUAUUUGCACUCCACUGUGAUUUAAUCUCCUCUGCGAUCAUGUUAUCAUUAUCAUAAGUAGGCAAUUUUUUGUGCAUGGAGGCACACUUGAAUCAUAGAGUGGUUUACUGCAGUCAAUGCAUGUAUCUCAAACUCUUGACACAUUGAACCAUUAUUUACUGCUUUGAUGUCAAAGAUGACAGCACUAUACCUUAAAUGACAGAUGAUUACUGCUAAAUUAUUGGAAAUGCUAUUACUUAACCUUUGUCUGUUCCUAAUAGGGCAACCUAGCACAGCCGCAAAUGAUGGUGGUGUCAGAUAUUGAAGAUGUAUUUGUGCCUCUAGUUGAUGGCUUUUUAGUGAGUCCUCAGGAAGCAAGGACUGUGAUUGAUAGGUGUGAUUUUAAACCAUUAUUACCUUAUCAUGAGUACCACUCUGGAAAUCUCAAGGCAAUUCCUGGAAUUUAUUUGUCAAAUGCCCAGAAAAAUUUACUGACAGUUGUAUUCACCUGCAUGCUUGUGGAACAAAACAUUGAAAACAUACAACAUUUGGAUAUCUUCUCAUUUUAAAAUGAGGAAAUGAAAUAUUUUUGUCAUUUAAGUAUGUGCUCAAAAUAUUAGGUCGGUGUUGAUAUGUAAACAAUGAUAUUGUUCCAAGCUGGUGUUGUAAAUAUUACAUUUAAUGGACAGAGUCAAACAGAUUUCAUAUUCGCAAGAAUACUUUUUUUGAAAAGUAUUCUGGGGAAUUUUUAAUUUAUUUUGAUUACUGUGUACUGUUAUCUUUAAUUCAUGGAGUUAUAAUAGAUAGACUUUGACUUUCUUGUAAUGUAAGUAUUUCAAUUUUAGAGCACUUAAUACUUACAUCUAAAUGUUACAAUUCAUUACCAACAGCCUUCUGGUGCAAAUUCCUUUAAUGUUUGGAGAAACAAGGGAAACAGAGACGGUGUUAGGUCCAGUUAUCCAAGCUGGAAUGGAAGCUUUGAAGGUAUUCAGUGAAGACAAUCACCAUUUUAAAUUCUUAUUUUUACACAAAAUUAUUGUGAGCUUGGUCCCUUGCCUAUUUUAACCCUCUACACCCUAAUAUCGUUGUGCAUAUUCUCCAUACUGUUUGCUAUACAUCUCUUAUGGUGCUGACAAGGAGAAUUUGUUUAACGGUCAAGAGGUUCUUUAGUUGCUGAUCAUUUCCUUUAUUCUCGAGACCUUGAUGAGUGGAUUUAGGGGUGAGAUUUUAAGGAGAAAUUAGAUGUUAACCUAUCUUAGUGCUCAAAGGAUUAAUUCCUUUCCUUUUACCUUUUUUGUUUAUUUUGUUUACUUUUGGUUAAUCUUGUUUUUCCCGUUUUUUUAUGAUUUGCAUAACAUAAUUUUUCCUUUUCUUGUUUUUUAAAUUUUCUAAUUUCUCUUUUGUUUCCGCAGGCCGCUGGUAUUUCAGGUAAACUGUUCGUUUUCCACUCAUCUCUGCCCAUUUCAGAGGCGCCUGGAAAAUUAAAGAACAGAGAGGACAGAAAACUUCUUGGCUCUGAAAAAGAGAAGGUAGGGUAAAUUUGUACCAAACGUUAGUGAAUUGUAGUUUUCUUUGGAGAAGGAUACACAAUAGUAGUGUUUGAUCUGCCGUAUUGAUCUCGUAGAUAACUUCAUGCAAUGCAAGGCUAAAAAGCUACGUUGUAGGGUUGUGUGUAUCUCAGUGCUUGGUUAGUCAGUGCAAUCAAGUCCCUUUAAGACUUUCGGGCUACCCACAACACGAAAUCCAAAGAACAGUUAGUUAGGGAAACUGUUAACCAACUUGAGGUACAGUUUAUGCAGAAGUUCAGUAAGAAAUUUUGAUCAUAAAAAUUUGAAAUGUUUUUAUGAUUAAAACUGUUUGAUUAUUGUUACAGGCAAUACUUACACCUCAGAAUACCUUUUAUGAGAAACUUGCCAAAGACUGUGUUGCAAAUGGCGUGGGAGUGGAUCUGUUUUUGUUCCCCAACGCCUACAUUGACGUUGCAACGAUUGGAUCAGUGGCUACUCUUACAGGCGGACAGAUCUAUAGAUAUUCCUACUUCAAGGUAUUCCAUCCUCAAAGUAAAAGAACGACUGUUUUGAUGCUAAGACUCUUGUUGUAAAUUAAGGGAAGUUUUAAAUAGAAACAUCCUGAGUGACUUACCAGGCAGAAAUUGUAAAGAGUCAAAGUGUGAUGGGAGCGUUCUGCGGCAUUUUGUCAUAACGACGCAUUUUGUAAUAACCCACGUAUUUUGUAACAACGUUUUCGGAAUUUUGUAAUAACUCGCGCAUUUUGUGAUAGGUAUUGCAGCAUUUUGUAACAAAGGCGACCUACUCAUUUUGUAAUAUGAGGCAUUUUAUAAUAAUCGUCGGUCUACGCAAAUUAUAACAACAUCUUGACGCAUAUUGUAUGCUUUUUGACAAAGGCGUACAAACAAAUAAGAAAAAAACCGCUAUUGGGAAAUUCUUAGGUUAUUACAAAAUGCCGUAGAACAGGGAGCAUCAAAAGUUUGAGAGAGACACAAUCUUUUGUUGUCGAAAACAGAAAACAACAAAACUUGUACAUCAUCCCUAACCCCCCUCUUUGAUACAGAUAAAUGCACCCUUACGGUGUAUCACGGCAUUUCAUUGGAAAGGCAGGUAUCACUCCUCCUGGAUUUAUAUCGGUAUCGCGAGUUCCCCCCCCCCCCCCCCCAGCCCCCACACAAGUUUGUCCUAAAAACAACGAAUUCACACCGUUAAAUGUAGCAAACCCGCUUCCACCGCCCUUACUAGUUUAUUCUAUCUUCCCUCCCCCGCUUCGCUAAAUCUUUGACGGUCAUGUAGGGACUGGUGCAAAUCAACCUUCGAACAACCUGGCUAACGAUGUUAAGAAAAGCAUCAAUUUAGUCCGCCUUCUGCAAGAUUGAAUUUCACUUAGUUCACUUUGGAACCGGUGUCGAUGUAAGAUAGGUCGUGAGAAUGUUAAAACUGAUAACGGUUUGAAUUCUUCUUUAGGCUUAUAUGUUGCUUGUUGAAUUUUCUGCAGGAGGCGACACACGGAGAACAGUUCCGUGGAGAUCUGAAGAGGAACCUUGAACGUAAUGUUGGUUUCGAUGCUGUCAUGAGACUGAGAUGCAGCACAGGUGAUGAAAGCUGGAAUUUUUUAAAUUUUCUUUUCAGUUCUGUUAUUGAGGACAUUUGCCCAGAAACUCUUUUCUUACUUACAUCAACGUAACUUGCAUUUAUUUUCUUCGUAAGGGCUUCGGCCAGUUGAUUUCUGGGGCAACUGUUACAUGAACAACACGACUGAUGUAGAGCUUGCUGUCAUCGAUCCACACAAGGUACGGUCAACUUGUGUUAUACCUGAAACUCGCCAGAUCUUAUUCGAGAUUCUCACUUCUAUUCAUGAUACAUUUCCUUGUAAAAUAGCCGAGAAGAGAAGUUUGUGCUACAGGAACAAAAGCAGCCAUUCGGCGCGAAAAGAUGCACAGAUCUUUGUUUGUCACGUUAUCUGUUCCGGAGAAACCGAUAAUGUCCAAGCAAAUAUAUACGAGGACAUUUCAAGUUGAUUGGAUGCUGAUAUGUGUACUAUUCUUCAAGAACUUUUGCAACGAGCGAAGCGGAACGUUUACAAACAACUGAACCAUCGAAAACAGGCGUUGACUGAAUCAAGAAUCAUGUUCGUCUCUUAUUCUGUAACAACAGCAAAGCACUCUCACACUUGCAUCAACUUUUGAAAGGAUGACUUUCAUCCCUCUGGAUUUAAUAUUUGGAAGUUGUGGAAUAUCACGAAAGAAAUAUCACUGGAUGUUACCCAAUUUUAGCAUAUUCAGUCACUCGGCGCGUUUAAACCACUCGCGCAAGCGAAAAUAUGUGUUGGAUUGUAACUGUGGAUAACGUUGAUUUUAUGUGCCUUUUAUUUUUCUUUACUAGGCGAUUGCCAUUGAAAUCAAACACGAUGACAAACUUCCUGAGGAGGGCCAGGCGUAUUUCCAAUGUGCGUUACUCUAUACAUCUGUCAGUGGACAACGGCGUUUAAGAAUUCACAACUUGGCCUUCUCUACCUGUACGCAGUUAUCAGAUUUAUUCCGUUGUUGUGAGAUGGAUACCUUCGUCAAUGUUGCAUCAAAACAAGGUGACUAAUGUAUUACAUCUUCUUCAGUCCAUCCUGAAUCAAAGAAAUAUGAUCAAACCAUGCAUUUUGUGGAAAUCUGACUGGUGCAAAAAGUAACUUUAGAUUGUCGCGAGAAAAGGUUUUCUCCUCCUGCAGGAAUAGUUACCCCAACAUCGUAAGCCUUGUUUGGUCUUGUCACGCAACGCGUUCACCUCUCGGGUUAGAGAGGAGAUCGCACUGCGUGACAAUACCAAACGAUUGAUUCGCUUCAUUACUUGUAGUUACCUUCAGCUCUUCGCGCAAUUAAGAAUUGAAUGUCUUUCUUACAUCCAGCGAUCAGAGAAGUAUACACGUCGACGCCCAAAGCGAUCAGAGAAAACCUGAUGAAUCAAUGUGCACAAAUCUUGGCCUGUUACAGAAGAAACUGUGCUUCACCGUCAUCUGCUGGUCAGGUAGGACUCGUUUUGUACGUUUUCUGUUAGUUGAAUUACGGUACAGUUUUUACACUUUUAACCGAGUUCAAUAAGUAGAAACGAAAAUGGGUAAACCUGGCAUUCAGGCAGAUAUGCGGUUCGUCAGUUAGCCAGUCAGCUGGCUGUUAUUCCUUCACACGCGUUUAGAUCUGUGUUUGUGCCACGCCAUCAGACCAACAGUUGUAAUUAUGAGUUUUGGCCGUACUUUGUUCGUGCGAUUUUUGUUUCGAUAGCCGCCCUACUUGUUGAACGAGUUGAAUUUGUUUAUUUCAGUUGAUACUUCCAGAGUGCAUGAAACUCUUGCCGCUUUAUACGAACUGUAUUUUAAAGAAUGACAUUCUGCUAGGAGGUAAGUUUUUUUAUCUUGUAAAAUUGUUGAAAUUUGCUCUUUGUUUUUCGUACAAUUUCUGAUGUGGAGUUGUACUUGGAAUUCUAACUAUCUCAAAAGCCAUUGGACAACAUCAGUCUCAAGACCGCAGUUGAAACACAUGCAGUGUUGUUAUUUAGAAAGAUGCUUUUGUUGUCAUUUGUUACUCUAGGAUAUCGAUAUGAUUAGUUUCAUAUGCUGCAAAUUUGUUUUGAGAGUUUACAGAAUAGAAGUGAAAUGCAAAGCAAUUCGUAUUUUAUUAUUUCUUCAAAGGUUCAGAGAUGAGUUCUGAUGACCGUAGUUGGUUGAUGAGAACGGUCAUGUCAAUGGAUCAGGCUGCAUCUGUACCCUACUUCUAUCCAAGACUUUUUGCAUUGGUAAGAAUCCAUUGUCUAGAACGUAGAAAGCGCUCUGCUUCUUUCUCACCCCACCCCCCUCCUAAUUGAAAAAUCCUGCUCGUGCUAUACUAUCGACUGGUUAACGAAGUACUUCUACUCACCUUACGCAACGAACCUCUUCGUUACAUUUCAAGGGCAUAAGCAUCGCGUAACAAGCUGAAAUUAAAGUUGUAGCUUUCAUAUAAAGUAUUUCAUUUACUUUUAUAGUUAUUUUUGUAAUUCUGAAACUUGAUUUUUUUUUCCUUCAGCACGAUCUGAAAGAGGAGUCGUCGGGUCUACCGGCAGUGAUCAGAUGUUCUGCUGAUCGAAUGUCAGAGAAUGGUGUUUACCUGCUGGGUGAGUUAUUUUAGCAAGUAAUGGCCGACAUGGUACGCCAGUAUUCAUGGUUAGCAGCCUGUUCCAAGCAUUCAGUCAGUAAAACGCCGCGAAAUAGGAAAGGGCGCGACGGAAGCGGAAGAUUAACCCUUUUACUCCCAAGAUCUCAUUAUUAAUUCUCCUUACUGUCUGUUGUACAAUUCUUAUGAUGUUAGUUCAGAGAAUCUGGUAUUGGAUCAACUAAUAAUCCUGAAGUGAUAUUUUUAUUUAUUCCCAUCACUUGUCUGUUGGAUAUUGUAUUGAUAUAGUGAGGAGAAAUUCUGUCUUAGUCACUAAUGGGAGUUCAAGGGUUAAAAGACGAGGGAGGUAUGGGCCGGGUCGCGCGGACUUGUCUCGACGUGAGGGAUGAACAGAUUCCUAUCCCCCAUUUUUGUAUUGUUCUUGGUCAGUCGCGAUUGGUACAAACGAAAAUAAUGCUGUCAGAAUCAUAAAGUAAAGAAUGCAACUGCUGUUGGCCUUUCCGGGAAAACAUGCACAUGAAGCCAAAGGCGAGUGAAGUGCUCGUCAGUCUGUUGCGCGGGAGAAUUUGCAACUGGAUGUAAACUUGAUGUACAUUGCAACCAUCAUAAAGUACCGGAAAAUGUGCACUUAGGUGCGAAGCCUUUGAAAGCUUUGCAGCCAAUGUCCAGCGCUUGAUAUGAAAACCAGAGAAGUGUAACCACUGUAAGGUACGGAAAGACGACCAACUGGUUCCAUGCGGGGAAAUUGGAACCCCUUUUAAACCGUUAAUGUGUUAACCGUUUUAUGUUUGCAUAGAAAAUGGAAUAUCCCUGUUUUUGUGGAUUGGACUUCAAGUUGACCCCAACUGGCUCCACCAAGUUUUUGGAGUUCAAACAAUUGGACAAGUCGACAUUGAAAUGGUAAGUAAUUAAAGUUUCUUGACUUUAGGUGAGCAACGGUCAAUGAUUUGAUAGUUCAAUAAUUAUGAAGUGAUGGCAUCGCACGACUUACAAUAUCAGAUAAAAAGCUUCAAAAAUUAAAAAAAGGAAAAAAAAAGAAAAGAACAAAUAAGCUAACCAUAGCUUAACGGAUUCUUUUACAAGAUUCGAUACAUUUUAAGUAGGGAGGAUUCACAGUUUUGCAUGUAAACAGAAAUAGAAAAAGUUCCGAUACACGGUCAGCAAGGCAAGAUUUUGAGACCACUUUACAGUUGUUAUUUUGAUUAAAGCUAUGAUUAAUACUACAUUCUUAAGUCUAACUAUUUCAACCUCAUUAGUGUUACGUUACUAUUUUUGUCACCAGACUUCACUUCCAGUCCUUGAUAAUCCUCUCUCUACUCGCUUAAAUGAAAUCGUUCGACUAAUUCAGAACCAGAGACAGCAUUACCUCAAGGUACGAUUGUAACUGUUGCGUUUGUUUCGUAAAGUUCAUCCGUGAUGGACGUCUAUAAGUCACUGUGGACGAAGUGCAACGAAUCCUGAGAAAACGGUUGAUCUCAGUCUUUAUUAUAACUUUCAGUUAGUACGUGCGGUAAAUGUGGUAGGCCAUAUUACAUUGUACGACCCGCUAAAUUCAAAAGAGUGUUUAAAUUGCAAUCUUCACUCUCUAUUUUUCCUUUCGGGUGUGAGCGGAAAAACUCGGUCCGUAACUUACAGUACGGUCCUCGAUCGUGGUUUGUAAGAGGUAUAAAUCAUGAAUUAUGUAAUAAUCCUUUGUUUUUUUUCUUCGUCUCCUCAGUUAACCGUCGUACGACAACGCGACAAGCUCGAAGGAUGGUUCAAACAUUUCUUGGUGGAAGACAAAGGUGUUAACCCAGUGGCUCAUAGCUAUGUGGACUUCCUUUGCCAAAUGCACAAAGAGAUCAGAAAUCUGAUGAACUAAGCAAAACUCCAACGACAACAAGAACCUAUCAACAUACCGGGAAGAGAGCGUCAAAAUGGACAUUUCUUCUUUGACCAACGUUACUUUUCGUAGCUGCUCAGAACGACUUCUUUGCCAAGUGUCCAUAAUAAGCGUUUUAAGUGACUGUGAAAAACCAAACGGGAACUGCGAAACGUCUGACAGAGGUCUAUAUUCAUAUUGUAACAUUUGAAUUGUAUACACAGAGUUUAGUUUUUAAAAAAUCAAAACUGAAUGUCACAGGCAGUUUCAUAUGUCGUUACUUGGCGUUCUGUUAGGUGACAUAUGACUCACGAAAGUCAAUUUUGUUUCAAAUGUUCUUGAUAAAGUUGACAGGAAUGGUACUUAUGAGUUGUUUCUUGGCAGUAAAAUGAAACAUAGCAACUCCAAAAAUCUAUGCAAUUGUUCCAAAGUAAUUAUCAGUUGUUUUCUUACACGUAUAGAUUAAAACAAACUUGGUG